AUGCACCACCUCCUGGAGCAGUCGGCGGACAUGGCGACCGCGCUGCUGGCGGGCGAGAAGCUGCGCGAGCUGAUCCUGCCCGGCGCGCAGGACGACAAGGCGGGCGCGCUGGCCGCGCUGCUGCUGCAGCUCAAGCUGGAGCUGCCGUUCGACCGCGUGGUCACCAUCGGCACCGUGCUGGUGCCCAUCCUGCUGGUCACCCUGGUGUUCACCAAGAACUUCGCAGAGGAACCCAUUUACUGUUACACCCCGCACAACUUCACCCGCGACCAGGCACUGUAUGCGCGUGGCUACUGCUGGACGGAGCUGCGGGACGCGCUGCCCGGGGUGGACGCCAGCCUGUGGCCGUCGCUAUUUGAGCACAAGUUCCUGCCUUACGCCCUGCUGGCCUUUGCCGCCAUCAUGUACGUGCCCGCGCUGGGCUGGGAGUUCCUGGCCUCCACACGCCUCACCUCUGAGCUCAACUUCCUGCUGCAGGAGAUCGACAACUGCUACCACCGGGCCGCCGAGGGCCGCGCUCCCAAGAUCGAGAAGCAGAUCCAGUCCAAGGGCCCCGGCAUCACCGAGCGUGAGAAGCGGGAGAUCAUCGAGAACGCGGAGAAGGAGAAGAGCCCCGAGCAGAACCUGUUCGAGAAGUACCUGGAGCGCCGCGGCCGCAGCAACUUCCUGGCCAAGCUGUACCUGGCGCGGCACGUGCUCAUCCUGCUGCUCAGCGUGGUGCCCAUCUCCUACCUGUGCACCUACUACGCCACCCAGAAGCAGAACGAGUUCACGUGCGCCCUGGGCGCCUCGCCCGACGGCCCGGCGGGCGGCGGGGGCCCCGUGGUGCGCGUCAACUGCAAGCUGCCCUCGGUGCAGCUGCAGCGGAUCAUCGCGGGCGUGGACAUCGUCCUGCUCUGCUUCAUGAACCUCAUCAUCCUCGUCAACCUCAUCCACCUCUUCAUCUUCCGCAAGAGCAACUUCAUCUUCGACAAGCUGCACAAGGUGGGCAUCAAGACCCGCCGGCAGUGGCGCCGCUCCCAGUUCUGCGACAUCAACAUCCUGGCCAUGUUCUGCAACGAGAACCGCGACCACAUCAAGUCGCUCAACCGGCUGGACUUCAUCACCAACGAGAGCGACCUCAUGUACGACAACGUGGUGCGGCAGCUGCUGGCCGCCCUGGCCCAGUCCAACCACGACGCCACGCCCACGGUGCGCGACUCCGGCAUCCAGACCGUGGACCCCAGCGCCAACCCCGCCGAGGCCGAGGGCUCCGGCGAGCCCCCUGUGGUCAAGCGGCCUCGGAAGAAGAUGAAGUGGAUCCCCACCGGCAACCCCCUCCCGCAGCCCUUCAAGGAGCCCCUCGCCAUCAUGCGGGUGGAGAACAGCAAGGCCGAGAAACCCAAGCCCGUACGCAGGAAGACGGCCACGGACACGCUCAUCGCCCCGCUCCUCGAUGCCGGGGCGCGCGCCGCCCACCACUACAAGGGAGGGGGGGGCGACGCGGCCCCGCCCCCCGCCGCCGACAAGAAGCACGCCCGGCACUUCUCCCUGGACGUGCACCCCUACAUCCUGGGCACCAAGAAGGCCAAACCCGAGUCGGUGCCUGCAGCCCUGCCUGCCUCCCGGAGCCAGGAAGGUGGCUUCCUAUCACAGACAGAGGAGUGCGGGCUGGGGCUGGCGACGGCAUCCGCCAAAGAUGCUCCGCUCCCUGAGAAGGAAAUCGCAUAUCCUACGGACCCCGCUCGGACGGGAGGCCCCUUCCACGUCUGCUCCCCGCCUGCAGCCCCCGCCGCAGCCCCCUCGUCACCAGGCAGCCUCGGCAAGGCCGACCCCCUCACCCUCCUGAGCCGCAAUGCCACGCACCCCCUGCUCCGCAUCGGCACGUUGUACGAGGCCCGGGAGGAGGAGGAAGGGGGCCCCCGCGCCCCCGCGGACAUGAGCGCCCUCCUCGCCAUCCCCUCCCCCCAGCAGAUCCUCAUCGCCACCUUCGAGGAGCCCAGAACGGUGGUGAGCACGGUGGAGUUCUGAGGGGCGGGGCGGCCCGCACGGCCCGGAGCCCCCCCCCCCCCCCCCCCCCCCCCCCCCGGCCUGAGCCGGCGGGCGUCCGGCCGGGCUCGGCCCUGGGCGGAGGACGGGGCCUCUGCUCGCCGGCCCUGCCCGCGCCAUCCGCCCCCCAUCCGCAUGCCGCGGGGCCCGGCACCCCUUCCACCCAGCUCGGCACGGCACCGCAGGCACAGGCGGGGCGGGGGGCGUGACGCGGGACCCCUGCCCCCGCAUCAGGCACUUUUCUGGGGUUCUGGGCUGUACAAUGAAGAGUUUAUUUUUUUAGUGGAUUUUGUUAUGGGCCAAGGCUGGGGCAGGACAGCUCAGCAACCCCACUUUGCCCAGCCCGGGGCAAAUGAGGACCCUGGGGAGGUGGCUCCGGCCCCGGGGCCCCCCGAGGUCAGGCGCUCGGGGGCUCGGCCCCGAGGGGACCUGAUGCGGGUCCCGGCAACGCGCCCUUCCCCCUGCAGCCCGACACGCCCCUCAUCCUCCUAGGACUGCUGUAACCGAUGACAGGCGUGUCACCAGGAGAUGGAGGGUGAGCCUACGGUGAAGGAUGGAGUGGGGGGUCCGCGCGAGCCGAGAAGUGGUGUUAACGUGUACGGUACGUGUGUCGGCGUGCGUGUGUACGAACGUGAGUGUGCGUGGGGACACGAUCCCGGCGUGCAGGCCAGCGCGUGCAGAGGCGGGGGCAAGUCUGUGAGUGUGCACACGUGCGACCCGGGCCGCGUGAGCAAGCCCGAGCGUGUGUAUGAACGUGUGCGUGGGGACACGAUCCUGGCGUGCAGGCCAGCACGUGCGGAGGCGGGGGCAAGUCUGUGAGUGUGCACGUGCGACGCGGGCCGCGUGAGCAAGCCCGAGCGUGUGUGAGCUUGAGUGUGCGUGGGGACACGAUGCCGGCGUGCAGGCCAGUGCGUGCGGAGGCGGGGGCAAGUCUGUGCGUGUGCACGUGCGACGCGGGCCGCGUGAGCAAGCCCGAGCGUGUGUGAGCUUGAGUGUGCGUGGGGACACGAUGCCGGCGUGCAGGCCAGUGCGUGCGGAGGCGGGGGCAAGUCUGUGCGUGUGCACGUGCGACGCGGGCCGCGUGAGCAAGCCCGAGCGUGUGUGAGCUUGAGUGUGUACGCGGCACCCUCGUGGGAGCGAGUGGGGAGCCGCGGGCGUGGGUGCCGGCGUGCCCGCGAGGGAAGGAGGGAAUCCGAUGCAAUAACCACCCCCUCGGCCCCCGCCCCCGGGACGAGGCCAGCUUCCCACGGGAGCCCAGGUCCCCGCCGGCCCCGCCCCAUUACCUCAGCCACGGCACCACGGGACGCAGCACUAACAAGGUAGCAUAUCAAUAAAUACUAUUCUGAUAA